CGCGUCUCCCUCCGCCAGUUUUCCACUCACUUGUCGCGCGACACGCACACACGCCGAACGCGCCACUCGCGCGCGCCCGCCUUAUCGUCGUAGUCGUCGUCGUCGUCGUCAUUAUUUACGGACCAUCCGAUCGCGGGCGAUCACCGUGAUCAGUGCGCGUUCGAUGUCCGAACAUUUCCGGCACGGCGCUUAGUACGGUCCGUUCAAUCGCCCGAGGCAGGUCGUGUUUUUGUUUUUUCGUCGUCGUCGUCGUUGUUGUUGCUACGUUCCGAUCCGUCGAUAAUAUAAUUCGACAACAACAACAACAACAAUAAUAAUAAUAAUAAUAAUUUACUAAUUAUUAUUAUUAUUAUUACCGACAUCACCGUUUGAGUGCGCGCGCAAUAUUGUCGCGUGUUAGUGCGUGCGGGCGACUUUCGCGGUUUGUAUUGUAAAGUUGCGUGCGUGCGCGCCUCCACGAGAGAUAUCGAGACAAAAUGGCGUCGGUCUUAUGAUAGCGCUGGUCUGAGGUGCACUAUAUAUAUAUUAUCGUUUUUUAAUAUCGUAAAUAUUAUACGUUCAAACGUUUCAAACGUCGUUACUCGCUUUUACGAUACUAUCGUCGUUGUCGUGCUCGGCGCCGCUGCGGGUAUGUGAAACGAUGUCCGCAAAAUGGUCCCGAUCGACGACCGUGACAUCAUCGUUGUCGUCCGUACCGUUUUGACGCGAUCAAUUCUUCUCGGUUUCGUCGAUUCUUCCGCCCAAAGUGCCAUGUAGUCCUUUGAAAUCCGUUCGCGCUCUGCUUCCUCGUCUUAUCUCCGUUCUAACUCCGUGUCUAUGUGUGCGUGUGUCUCUCUCUCUCUUGAUAUCCGUACUCUGUCUGGACCAUGUCGUCCGUCGUCGUUCCGCCGGUGACCGAAAAAUAACGUUAUUUUUUAGAACCCGGGACGCGUUUCCCUCGAAAAUAAUGAUGUCAUUUAACCAUUACGGUUAUAACAGUUUGAAAAACGAACAGACCAACAAACGGCUGAGGACCGCCGAUUACGACCGGGAGUCGCGAACCACCAACAGUUCCGUGUCGUCGUACGAAGACGGCCGCCGCAAGAACGCCGAAACGCAGCCCAAUCACAUACUUUUGUUGACCAUCACCAAAGUGACGUACCCGAUAAACACAGACGUCAUCCACACCAUUUCCAAAGACCACGGUAACGUUCUGCGCAUAGUUAUAUUUAGGAAACGUGGUGUACAAGCCAUGGUAGAAUAUGAAGAAGUGGAACACGCCAUAAGGGCCAAGCAGUUAAUGGACGGUGCCGACAUAUACCAGGGAUGUUGUACGUUACGGGUAGAAUAUGCCAAGCCGUCCAAGCUGAAUGUUUACAAGAACGACUCCGAAACGUGGGACUACACCACGCCAAAUCCUGGCGAGAAGAAAACCGCACCUCUGUUACCAGACCCUCCCAGAGCUCCCCUCAUAUCCACUCGACCUACAUUCCCUCGAUUUGAUUUCGAAUGUCGGGGUGGACUGUUGUCUACACCUCAUGAUUUACCUAAUAAUAAUUAUGGGGAUAGCUAUCCAGCGACGCCUGGACGUUGUGUACUAAUGGUCUAUGGUCUAGAUCCCGACAAAGCAAAUUGUAAUCGGCUUUUUAAUUUGUUUUGUUUGUACGGAAAUGUAGUUAAAAUUAAAUUUUUAAAAAGCAAGGAAGGUUGUGCAAUGGUACAGAUGGACAACGAAAUGUCUGUAGAUCGUUGUAUGGAUAAUUUGAAUAAGCUAACACUUAUUAGUGGUAAUGUGUUACAGCUGCAAGUAUCGAAGCAAAUGUAUUUGUCUGACAUUAUGGUACCUUAUGAUUUGCCUGAUGGCACUCCAUCAUUCAAAGAUUAUUCCAACUCAAAAAAUAAUAGGUAUCAUUCAAAUUCUAAUGGAAAAAAUCGGCGUCAGACCCCAUCCAGCGUGUUGCAUUUUUUUAAUGCUCCACCAAACAUAUCAGAAGCUGAUUUAUCCCAGACAAUAAGCAAAGCUGUAAAAGAUGUUGAUCUUAAAAUUAUCAUUAAGAUGUUUCCACCUAAAGGUACAGAAGCACGUAGCUCAUCUGGGCUUGUUGAGUUUACAGAUAUGGCUAUAGCUGUGGAAGUGAUAAUGGCUGUCAAUCACUGGCCAAUAAAAUGUGAAACAUCCAAGUUUCCAUAUUUACUCAGACUAUGUUUUUCAUCGCUGCCCAAAGGAAUAGCGAAUGCCGAGAUGGCACAGUGACAUUGCGCUGCUUAAUGAACUACCGUAUCUCAUGUUUGUCAAUUAUUACUUUUUAGUGCAUAAUAUUGGGUUAUUUUUAUUUUUUAAAGAGAAAUCGACUAUGUUUCACAUUUCCUAUUAAUAAAGGACUAUGGUUAAUGUCUACCACCCCCUUAAAUUGUUUUUCAUAUAUUUAUUAUUAUUAAAUAUUAUAAUAAUUGUUUUUUUUUUCUGUAUUUGUAUUAUUAAAUAAUGUAGACUUGUCAAUUAUGAAAUCAAACCAUAUCUUUACUAUUUUUGUUUCUAUAUUUAUAAUUUAUACUUUUGUGUACUUAUUUUUGAUAAGUUAAUUUCAGAAUAUGCCGAGAUUAGGGAUAAGUGGUGGGACCAAAACCAUAAUCUUGCCAAUAAACUGUCCUAAUAAAGAAUUUGAAACAUAUUUUUUUGUCACAAAAUGCUAAUGAUGCGUGCACAUUUAAUAUGAUACUGAAAUAUAUGAUUCCUAUUAUUAAUAUUAUUAUUGAUUAUGGUACUGGUACUAUUUGUUUUAGGAGGAAUAUUUUUCCCAGAGAUAUUUAGCUUGAUAGUAGAUUGUUUUUAAAUUUGUUAAUACUUGUAAGUAAAAACAAUUCGUUUUAGUUUUGUUUUAAUAGUACUAGAUCCAUCAUAGUUGUUUUAUGUUUUAUUUAUUUUGCAACAAUUAUAAAGAUUUAGUUGAAUAUUUAAAAUGUAUAUUAGACUAGUUAUAAUAAAUUAUUAGGUUGUAUUUAUUUUAUUUUUAAUUUUAGAAUAAAAUUGAUCUAUGAUUAAAAAUUAUUAUAUAAGUUACCACUGUUUUUAGUUUCCUAGCAACUUGGGUCAUUGAAUGUAGUAACUUCAAUACCAAAUAGAUUGUGAACUUGUUUCAUAUUAUUUUAACUAAACAAAAAUUUUAUGUAUUUGAGUAAGUUAUGUUGUAGUAUUCUUUUUAUUUUUCAUUACAUUUUCUUAAAAAUACUUUUGAAAUUGUUGUGUUCAAUCCUGUCUAAUUCUAAAUAAUUAUUUAAAAACUAUACACCACAAAUUACAUUAUACUAUUAUCAUUUAAUUGAUAGGUAUAUGUUUUUUCUCACUAAAUUAAAACUAUUGUUAUUUUGAUUCUAAUUAUGUUAAUGAUUUUUUUUUUUAAGCAUAAAAUAAUAAGCCGACUGAAUUCUAUUUUUGCAGUUAACUUCUGCUAGCUGCAGUUAUAACUUAUGAUAUAUAUUCUUGAAUCGUAAUCGUAAUGGUAUUGUAGUAUUUUACACAAAUAUACCUUGAUGAGUCAAAAUUUAA